CCUACUCUAUCGUCUUUAUCACAUGUGUAGUGACGAUUACAUAAAGAUGAUAACUGUUUAGGUCGAUAGAUAAGGGACCGACACGGACACCACUGGGGGACCUCUAGGUGUAACUGUAUUAAAAGAUCACCAUGGAAACAAGAACUGCCUUGGUAACGGGCUCAUCCAGUGGUAUGGGGCUCGGUGUAGCCACAUCUCUGGCACAGAAAGGCUAUCACGUGAUUAUGUGUGGGUCAAGGUCAACGGAGGAUGCAUCGGAGGCCAUCAACGAGGUCAAGAGUUCUGCGCUCCAAAGUGUCCACUACGUCCAGUCUGACUUGAAGACAGAGGCUGGACUAGUCAGUCUAUGUAGAGAAGUGGACACUAUUUGUCCUGGGGGUGUCGACAUACUGGUCAACAAUGCAGGAAUGCAACACGUCACUCCAAUAGAAGACUGCACACUGGCAAAGUGGAAUGAGGUCGUCGCCAUCAACCUUACGGCGCCAUUUUAUCUUAUCAGCCAUUGUGUUCCCCGGAUGAAGCAGAAAGGAUGGGGUCGUCUGAUCAACGUUUCGUCCAGGAUGGGCCUGGUGGCUUCUGCUAACAAGUCUCCAUACUGCUCUACCAAACACGGACUUGUAGGCAUGACAAAGGCGGUAUCGCUGGAAGUGGCGCCUCACGGUAUCACAUGUAACGCCAUCUGUCCUGGCUGGGUCGACACGCCGUUCGUACAGGCGCAGGUAGAAUCCGUCGCCAAGCUACACGAUAUUUCCAUAAAUGAUGCCAAGAAACGUCUGUUUUGUGAUUCCCAACCAACAGGGAAACCAGUCCAAGUAUCUCAGAUUGGCGAUCUCGUAUUGUUUCUGUGCUCACCCGGGGCCGACAGUAUGACAGGAACUUCGCUGGUCAUGGAUGGAGGAACCAUCGCCAAGUAAUUUACACCAUAUAACAGCAUUAAUAGAAAUGGUCAGAGAUAUAUUUACUGAAUAAACAGACGGGUGUGUCAGCAGGAAUGUCUGACGAAGAGGAGGAAGACAGCCAACCGUGAAGACAUGCACCAUUAAUUGUUAACGAUUUGUGUAACAUUUGUAGAUUGUUUAACACCACAGCGGAGAUGACAAUCGGGUUUAAACGAGGGAAACUUCAGUAUAUGGAUUUCGGUACUGCUCUGUUAUUUCUUAAUGCAUUUAAGUAUUUAAAUAUUCGUCUGCUUCCAUUACAGAACAAUUAAAUGG